AUGAUGGCAGAGGCUGCCGCUGCUGCUUACAGAACUGUUCCCGAAGGAUUUGUCCUCGACUCUCUUCAUACCCAGUUUCUUAUUGGUCCCAAGGCCGACAAGCCACUCAUCUACAGAGUGCAACGCUUAAGCCAGGGUCGGCGCUUCGCCGUUCGGGUAGUCACCAUCGAGCAGGAUGGUAAAGCUGUGGUCACCAGUACCAUUAGUUUUAUGAGUGGUGCAGCAUGGAGCGGCAAAGCAUUCCAGCAUACCACUCAGACCAAGAUCCAGAAGCGUAUCAAAGAAAUUACCCUGGACGACUUUGAAGGCUCGAAAACCGACUUGGGACCAUUCAUGAAGUUUGAGAGGCUUCCACAUGAGCACGCUACACCCAAAGAACAUUCAACCACAAUUGCCCCUGUCGUUGCCAAAAUCGACCCGCCCAUGCGCGCCUCAACAGGUGACGCAGCCCAUAUUCUUGCCGUCAUUCAUAUGUCAGACUACCACGUCAUGGAUUGUCCUCUCGGAAUUCACGAGGUCAAUCAUGGACAGCCAAAGAUCGGCGACUAUGAACGGAAGCGUACGCCAUUUGACAUGAAGAUUAUGACCAGCCUUAACCACACGAUCCACUUCCAUGUACACGGUGGUUUCCGGGCAGACGAUCUCCUCUACGUCGAGGUCACUUCACCUUGGGCGCGGGAUGGAAGAGGAAUGAUACACUCUAAGAUUUAUACCAAGGAUGGGCUAUUAAUAGCCACGUGUGUCCAAGAGGCAUUCUACGUUUUCAAAGAUACACCGAAGCUCUAA